AUGAAUGUCUCAUUAAUCUCCUAUGGGUCCUUCCCACUGUUUAGAACGUCCAGCACCAUUCUCUUAACCUUACUACCCACCAUGUGCCAGUACUUCUGGAAGAAGAGGGCAUCGAGACCGGGUGCAUCGAGAACAAACGUUCACACCACCUUUUGUUGUCAUCACUCACCUUCCCUCGAACAACUUUGCAAGUUUCCUGUAUAUUUGAAGUGGAAGAGGAAGAGAAAAUAUCCUCAAAAUAAGCUAAAAGGAUUGAUUCACACUUCUCCCACCCUCUCCACCACACCCCCUUCUUAUCACACAACUUGCAAAUCAAAUUAG